GAUUCUUUAAACAUUUCUUGAACCGUGCAUCCUAAACAAUCUCUUUCUUUUACUGUACAUAUUCUCUUCCCUGCUGUGUGUAUGCUUUUCUUACAUUUAGUGAAAUUCCAAGCAGUCCAUUGCUUCUCAAGUGCCAUUAAUGUUUUUUUAAUCCAGUUGAUAUUUGAAUAAAACCAUUUAAAGCCAAGAUUUUUUACUGCUAUCGUUUAUCUUAAAACCCACCAACUCUUUCUGCAAAAUAUUAUUAAAGGUGGAGGAGAGGAAGAUGAUCGAGAAAUUAUCUUAAAUUUUGAAUCCGAGAAUUUUGGGAGUUCGGGGUUUUGAAGAAGAGGGGUUUUAAUGGACUCGCAAGUUUUAGUUGCUCUUUGUCUUUCGCUUUUGGGUGGCUUGAGCACCUCUAUUGGUGCCUUUUUCGUCGUCGUUAAUCCGACACCAAAUCUGAAGAUGCUUGGUCUUUUGCAGGGUUUUGCAGCAGGUCUCAUGUUAAGCAUAUCUUUCUUAGAUUUGGCUCAUAAUGCCAUUAACUCCAUUGGCUUCUUAAAGGGAAAUCUCUGGUUCUUUGCAGGUGUCAUUUUCUUUGCCAUUGUUGCUAAUUUCAUCCCUGAACCAACACUUGCUCCCAUUUCUGAUGUGAAAAGCAAAAAGAAAAAUGGGGAUGAAGGGGGCAAGGAUAUGAUGAAAAAGCAUCGCCGCCAAGUAUUGUUUAGUGGAAUCAUUACUGCAAUAGGCAUAAGCUUGCACAAUUUUCCUGAGGGAAUGGCAGUGUUCCUUGGGUCAAUCAAGGGUCUUCGAGUCGGGCUGAACUUGGCAUUAGCUAUUGCUUUACACAACAUCCCAGAGGGGGUUGCGGUUGCACUUCCUGUUUAUUUUGCCACGGAAAGCAAAUGGCAAGCAUUCAAGUUGGCUACCCUUUCUGGCUUAGCUGAACCUCUUGGUGUAAUUAUUGUAGCUUAUCUAUUCCCGAGCAGCUUAAGUCCUGAAAUUCUGGAGGGACUCCUGGGAUCAGUUGGCGGGGUGAUGGCUUUUCUAACACUGCACGAAAUGCUGCCAUUGGCGUUUGAUUAUGCUGGACAAAAGCAAGCUGUCAAGGCCGUUUUCUUUGGAAUGGCUUUCAUGUCUGCUAGGUGUUGCUUUUGCAUUCCAUGGCGCAUGAGCAGGCGUCACGAACAAACUUGCAACAAGAACAAGGGAAGAAAAUCAUACUAUCUUCUGCCUUUUUCGGCUAUAAUGCACUUCGUCUCUAUGCAUCACAGCUCACAAGAUACUGCGAGAUUGUUUGAAAAACUAUUUUCAUGUAAAAUAACUAAAAAUCAAUUUAUUGUGCUAAUUGAAGGUUUCAGGCCUUUCUAUUUUCGGUCUUUUGGCUGUGUAUGAUCGUUUAGUUUUUCGCAGUUUUCAUUAAAGGUUACAGACAAAAUCUCCAAAUUGAUGCUGUCUCUCUACUUUAACCUAAAGCAAAUAUCAAAAACCAAAGUUUCUACUUUGGACAAAGGCCGCUUAAAGAUUGUAAUUUUGUACGUGUAAAAGGAUAAAGUAUUUCCUAAAUUUCCUGUUUAAUAUGCAAGAAAUAACCAUAGCUUCUUGUAUUUUUUUUCUUUGUUCUAUACGUAUUUUUGUGAAACGAUUUUA